GGCUCAUUUUCCAAUAGCUUUGAACCUGUUUUGACAGUCCUUAUGUUUUCAAGUGCCCUAGCCUUUCAUAGCAGACAACUCGAUUUGAAGCUACGACUGGAUUACCUUUGGGCUAUACAGGCAGAAGGAGAUAGAGAUGAUAUGGAAAGAGUGAAACUUGACAAUAAGAGAAUCCUAUUCAAUUUACUACCAGGACAUGUUGCACAGCAUUUCCUAAUGUCUAACCCAAGAACUAUGGACCUUUAUUACCAGUCAUAUUCACAAGUGGGUGUGAUGUUUGCUUCAAUUCCAAACUUCAAUGAUUUCUACAUAGAACUUGAUGGCAAUAAUAUGGGAGUGGAGUGCUUGCGUCUGUUAAAUGAGAUCAUUGCAGACUUUGACGAGUUGAUGGACAAAGAGUGUUAUAAGGAUAUUGAAAAGAUCAAGACAUUUGGCAGCACAUAUAUGGCAGCAGUGGGUCUAGCUCCAGCUACUGGUACCAAGGCAAAAAAAUCGAUCUGCUCACAUUUGAGUACACUAGCAGAUUUUUCCAUAAAGAUGUUUGACGUUCUUGAUGAAAUCAACUGUCUGUCAUAUAAUGAUUUUGUUCUCAGAGUUGGUAUAAACGUGGGGCCUGCUGUAGCAGGAGUCAUUGGAGCUCGAAGACCACAGUAUGAUAUCUGGGGAAAUACUGUCAAUGUUGCUAGCAGGAUGGAUAGCACUGGAGUGCAAGGCAAAAUUCAGGUCACUGAGGAUGUCUGUAAGAUUCUUCAGAGAUGCUACAAGUUUGUCUGUCGUGGAAAAGUCAGUGUGAAAGGAAAAGGUGAAAUGCUGACAUACUUUUUGGAAAGGAAAGCAACUGGAAACAAUUGAUGAGUGUUCCUUGAACCUUGAUAAAAGAAUGCUCUAAUGUAAUAACAUGACCACUUAAAAAUAGUUGGGAAUGAACUGCCUGUAGAUUUCUUCAGUGGCCAUGCAUGAGCACAAGCUAAAAUAAAUGGCAUGGAGACGUUUCAUUACCCAAUAACUCCAACAUAUAUAAAGGAUAUACACAAUGUUCCAGUUGUGGUUACAAGCAGAUAUCAAACUUGGGGUGCCACAAUCAUCAAUGCUCCAUCAUUACACAGUAUUUUAAGAAAAAAAUCAUGGCUGCAUUUUUAACACUUUUUUUUUUUCAAAUUUGUAUAAUUUAUUAAUACAACAGAGUUUACAAUCCAGCCAAAAUGAAAUUAAGUAUGCAACUUGCAGGAAAAUAAAUAUAUUAACAAGUUUUAUUUAUGUAUGUAUUGACAUUUGCUUACUGGAGAAGUCUAACUGGACACAGGUGCCCUUUUUUCAGUGGAGGCCCAAGGAGAAGAGCACCAAUGUAUCAUAUUAAAUGCAGACAGUAAGAACAACGUGAAACACCAUGACUUUUGUUCUUGUUAAAAGGUUGCAAGGUGAAAUGUUAAACCCCCUUUUGCCUUAAAAGCUUCAGAAAGCAACAAGUACAUAUAAACUCAAAACUGGAUUUUGUCCAUCUUAUAAUUUUACAUGCAUCUACAUAAAAGUGUGCAUGUGUGUAUGUGCGUGUCUACAACAGAGCACAGAGUUAGAUUCUAAAACAAUUUAUGCUUGGUUAAAAUGGUGCUCUGAGUUUGCAAACCUGGAAUGAGUGUAAUUCUGUAAGAAAACUUGCACUCAAGAUAUGUUAAAAAAACAAAAAAAAAAAAAAACAAAGGCGUGCAAGCUGUUGUGGCUGUGUUUUUCAACAUGCCAUUCUGAAAGCCUUUCCUGUCAUGAUGAUUUGCUAAAGACAGACAGAUGUAAAAACUGAGAGUGUGGGGGGGGAUUAAUAAUCAAGGUAUAUCAAGUCUUCACAAAAGUGUGAUAGCAUAGUGCAAGUAUGACAUUUGGACAUUUCCAAGAGAAAAUAAAUAUACAAAAGUGUAUUUAUAUAGCA